CCCGAACAGGACCUAGACUAGGCUAGCUUUUUUUCCACCCUCCCUCUCCUCUCUUUACUCCUCUUCCUCCUCUGCCUUUCUAUCUCUCGCUAACGAGAACGCGAACCUCACAUUUUGACAAAUAUCCAACCAACUACCGCAAACGCCAUGGCAUCUUCAAGCAGCUCCACUCAGGCCACCUUUGGCCUGGGCCGCAGGAAGAAGAACCCUGGUCUUCUGGAUCAGAUCGGAAAGUUCUUUGGAGGUGACAAGAAGAGAAAGAGCAAGGGAUCUUUCCGAGGUGCUCUCUCUCCAGCUCCUCAGAAAGCCUCUGCGACCUCCCCACGUAAGCGUGGAGCAGAGAACGCUGUGGUCCAUUUCUUCCGCACGAUCGUGUCCCCCGCUCCUCCUAAGUCCAGGUGGAGGGCAGCAGCGGCCAAGAUGGGCCUGGGUGACCAGAAGUCACAGUCUUCUAAAGCCAAGAAGGCCAGUUCCGGGGACGGCAGAGGUUCCCUGACUAGGAUCUUCAAAAUGUGAUGAUAUCAGCGGCAGAGGAAGCAGGAGCUCCUCUCCAGCCAAACGCUGAGGUCCCACUUUACACCCCAUUCCAACACCUCCAGGGGAGACGUUCUAGAGACCGGGACUAAACUGGGGAGAACAAAAAAAAAAAGGAGAAGAGGACACCGUCUCACCACUCACCCUUACAUUAUAACACUUUAAUGUCGCUAAACCCCUUCCCCCUCUCACUCAUUUGGCUGGUAGACAGUGACACAAUCUGCACCCCCACCCACCACUUCCCUCUGUUGCUCAGUAGCUUUUGUCGUUAAGAAAAAAUGACCCUGAAGCCGCUCACAUGUGCAGCCUGAACGGCCCGCUUACCCCCCGUGUGGCUCUCUGACCCAGCUUGAGUUCCUUGUCCACGUCGUCAUUCCUUCUAACUCAAGAUGGCUGAACUGAAGCAAACUCGGACCAGCAGAGAGUUUAGGCCGGUCCAAGUCCGCCUGACUUGACCAUUGACGCCAGUUAUAGGUGGGAAGAAAAGACCGGGUUAGUUCAGUUUAACAAGGAUGACUUUUUUCGUCUUGUCACUCUGUCCUUUGUCGUCUCCUCAAAACAUCUUCACCUCAUCAUCAAUUUUAGUUCUGUAACGUAUUAAUUAAUUUGACACUGUUGUGAGAGCCAUUUGUGUGCGUUUCCCCUCAGCCCUCGUGUCUCCGCUGACUUCAAGUGUUCUAAAGUCCUACAGUGUCACGUUCAUGUCAUUAAGGCUGGCUGUGGGCUUUUCGUGGUAAAAGGUUUUUAAACUUUCUAAGACUUUAUGAUGCGAUUGUGGUUUAAUAAAUUAGUCAGGCCUGUUAAUGAAUCAUUUCACUGUCUUCUACGAGAUAACGGCAACCACUAAUCUCCUGCCCAUAUAGAGAACUUAGUUGUGACCUGUUUCCCACUGUUUUCAGAUUCAGGCCUUAUCUCUGCUUGGUGUUGUUUUUCUCCACCUUGACUGCUUCUCUAUGCACAGCACACACGGUGUCAAUGAAAUUCAAAGCUUACCAACAAGUGUCUUUGCCCCCGAAUGACCAAAAAACCCUUGAAUGUGGUGUUUACUUUUUGUGUGAUGAAAAAAAAAACAAUUUCAAAAAGGUGCUCUGGAACUAAUUCUGUAUUGACACAU